GCUCUGGCUUUCAUUUCCUGCAAACUCUAAAUUUUCUUUCUACCGUUUCAGACCUUUGCUUACAACAAACACAUUAAAGUUGUUUAUUUCUGAAAGUGAAAAAAGCGCGAAAGAAUUUUACUCAGCAAACAUUGUCCAGUAUUAAACAGUGAAUAUUUCCUUUAAUUGAAAUUGGCGUAUAAUUUUAGCUAACUGAGACCGAGACAGCCUUUUCCAUCUUGUUACAAUGGCUACCGCUACACCAUCAUCAUUCCGAGAACUGAUUCCCGAUUCCUGGGCUGAACAUCUUGAAAAACAUAUUGAAAACUUAGAUAAUCUCCAAAACGAGCUCAAAGAAGAAUAUGAGAAUAGAAUAAAAAUUCAGCCGAAAUGGAACGAUAUUUUCAAAUGUAUGGAAUUUUGUUCCCCAGAGGCUGUAAAAGUAGUAAUAGUCGGACAGGAUCCUGAUAUUUUCCCGGGUCAAGCUGACGGGUUGGCCUUCAGUGUAAGCAAAGGUUUCACAAAGUCAUUGGUCAGUAGUUUGCAAUAUAUAUUCAUCGAGUUGAAGUUAGAGUAUUUAGAGCUCAGCGAGGUGGGAUCAGAGUACAAAUUAGAGCGCAGCAAGUUGGAAUCAGACCACAAAGAAAAACUCUUAGAGUUGGAAUCAAAAUUCAAAAUAAAUCUCAUCGAUAAGUUGAUAUCAAAAAAAGAGGAAAAAAUCAGAGUGUCAGAAAACACAAAAGACGACGAAAAAGAGCUGAAAGAUUUGAAACAAAAGAACAAACAAUUAAAAUUGGACGAAAACGAAAAGCUCAGAGAGUUGAAAUCUAAGAAUCAGAAAAAGUACGAGGAGUCGGAACGAUCAAACAAAGAGUUGAAAUCAAAGGCUGGAGAAAAAAUGCAAAAUUCCAUCAAUUUGGAACCAAAAGACAACAAGUUAGAUUACGACUUGAUAUCUUGGGCAGAACAAGGUGUGCUGCUGUUGAAUUCGAUUCUGACCGUCGAGGCAUACAAAGCAAAGAGCCACAGUGGUAGAGGUUGGGAAAAAUUCACAGACGCUGUGGUUAAACUUGUGAGUGACAAAGCAGACCAUGCAGUGUUCAUCUUCUGGGGAGAGCUAGCUAAAAAGAAAAAAGAUCUGGUAGACACAGAUAAGCACUCAUUCAUCUCAGGAGGACACCCAUCUCCAAACAACGAACAUGUAGGUUUCCUGGGCGGAAACUAUUUCAAAGGGGCAAAUGACUUCUUGAUACAGAACGGGAAAGAGAAAAUUAACUGGAUAGGAUUAGAGUGGCGCAACAGCGUGAGAAAACAAGUGGAGAAUGAGAACAAGUCAGAAGCUGGAACAUCAGCCCCUGUGGGCGAACUGACGGAAGGAGUCAACCAAAUGGGGUUGCCAGCAGACGAAGGUUCAGCACUUGGAUCCUCCGGAUCUUCUGGACCACAUGGACCUAGUUCUUCCUCCGAGAAUGCAAUCGGCCCUGCGGAUGGCUCCGGCGGCAGAGGUUGCGGUGACGGUGGGGGAACCCCUUAAUAACAGUGUUAUACGUGCGGCAAAAAAGAUCAUUGGGCACCCCAAUGCCAUUGCAAGUUAUGACUAUUUACACAGACAACAGUACUACACAAAUGAGAGACGAAUGCUGGUGAUUAGCCAAUGGCAGUCGAGCAAAACUUAAUCAAUAUCCAUACAACUUCGUCGAAUGCAACAAUCUGAUAGGUGGAAAGAUAAAACUCAUAGCAAAACUGAACUCAACCUGAAACUUCGUUCAAUUUGCAGGCUACGCAAAAAUUAACCCAGUUCUAAGUUUUCAGUUUAUAAAGUUAUGACAACUUGGCAAUUGUCAAAGCCCUACAAGAAAAGUAAAGCGUAUAAUAAGUUCUACAAACAGAUAUUACAUAGCUUUUCAUUUUUUAUACUUGGUUCUACUUUUAAAAUCUCACCCUGCAUGUUGAAUUGUUGA